CCAUUGCUAGCCCUCCCACACACAGCAGGUAGCUAGCUUAGCCCCUCACUUUGUGGCAGAUCAUACUCGCUGGCUACACCACCACCCACAUCCAUCUGAGCAGUGGAAUCAUCAUCUCCUCCUAUAUCAGUUGUCAUCACCCGGCCUGUAGUGUGCGCUCUGAUCCUAGUUAGCUGCUGCUCUUCGUUCCGAUCCUAGCUCGUUGCGAAUUGAGCCAACGGAUCAAUCGCGCGCUCCGGCCGCCACAGCCUUUAUUACCCAAGCUGUUUCUUUUCCAGAAUUUAAAGAAGUAGCAGCUGUAGACAGUAGUUAUCCUCGUCGCGACCCCUUGUGUGCAGAGCAGGCGGCGGCGGCGGCGUUAGCUAGCUCGUCGAGCAACAUAUAUGGCAGCUAGUAGUAGCACGUAGUUACUGCAGUGAGGAAUUCGUCCGGAAUCGCGUUGGGAGCGCGCGGAGUAGCGGACGGCUGAGCGGAGCGCUCUCGGUUUGAUAAGGGUUCGCGUGUGUGUGUUCGGUGUGGGGGAGAGUAAUUGCACGCAUCACAAGAACACUCCUCGCCUCUACUUGGGCUCUCCUGCUCACGUGAUUCAUACUCUCCCUACUCCCCUCUCCCCACAUCCGUUGCGCCUUGCAUCUACUCUGUGCCAAUCACCGGGCAUAUAUACAUGGUUGUGCCUGUGCCGACGACGUUUGAGGGAGCGAGAGAGAUGGAGGUGGUGGAGGUGCGUGAGUACAGGGAGGACCGGGACCGCGCCGCCGUCGAGGAGGUGGAGCGGGAGUGCGAGGUGGGCUCCUCCGGCGGCGGCGAAGCCAAGAUGUGCCUGUUCACGGAUCUCCUCGGCGACCCGCUCUGCCGCAUUCGCAACUCGCCGGCCUACCUCAUGCUGGUAGCGGAGACAGCGAACGGCGGCGGCGGCGGCAAUGGCAGGGAGAUCAUCGGCCUCAUCCGCGGUUGCGUCAAGACCGUCGUCUCCGGCGGCAGCGUCCAGGCCGGCAAGGACCCCAUCUACUCCAAGGUCGCCUACAUCCUCGGCCUUCGCGUCUCGCCUCGUUACCGGAGGAAGGGGGUGGGGAAGAAGCUGGUGGGCAGGAUGGAGGAGUGGUUCCGGCAGAGCGGGGCGGAGUACUCGUACAUGGCGACGGAGCAGGACAACGAGGCGUCGGUGCGCCUCUUCACCGGCCGCUGCGGCUACUCCAAGUUCCGGACGCCGUCGGUGCUCGUGCACCCGGUGUUCGGCCACGCGCUCCAGCCCUCGCGCAACGCCGCCAUCAGGAAGCUCGAGCCGCGCGAGGCCGAGCUGCUGUACCGGUGGCACUUCGCCGCCGUCGAGUUCUUCCCCGCCGACAUCGACGCCGUGCUGUCCAAGGAGCUCUCGCUCGGGACGUUCCUGGCCGUGCCGGCCGGGACGCGGUGGGAGAGCGUCGAGGCGUUCAUGGACGCGCCACCGGCGUCGUGGGCAGUGAUGAGCGUGUGGAACUGCAUGGACGCCUUCCGCCUCGAGGUGCGGGGCGCCCCGCGCCUGAUGCGCGCCGCGGCGGUCGCGACGCGGCUGGUGGACCGCGCGGCGCCGUGGCUCAAGAUCCCGUCCAUCCCGAACCUCUUCGCGCCCUUCGGCCUCUACUUCCUCUACGGCGUCGGCGGCGCCGGCCCGGCCUCCCCGCGGCUCGUCCGCGCGCUGUGCCGCCACGCCCACAACAUGGCCCGCAAGGGCGGCUGCGGCGUGGUCGCCACCGAGGUCUCCGCCUGCGAGCCCGUCCGCGCCGGCGUGCCGCACUGGGCGCGCCUCGGCGCCGAGGACCUCUGGUGCAUCAAGCGUCUCGCCGACGGCUACAACCACGGCCCGCUCGGCGACUGGACCAAGGCGCCGCCGGGCCGCUCCAUCUUCGUCGACCCAAGAGAGUUUUAGGAGGAUUUUAGCUUUCCGUUUUUCCCUAGGCCUUUAGGGUUUUUUCCCGACCGUCCGAUCUCCUCCCGCACAUCCGACGGCGGGCAGUCGCUCCCUAGAACCAGCAGCGUCACCCCAAACAUGUGUCACUCUUCAUCUCGUCGUAUUUCCCGUUCCAUCACCAUCACUUUUUUUUUUAGCUUUUAGGUGUGAAUACAGUAAUAGUAGUACCUUUUUCCCAGCUAAAAAAAUUCAGAAAAGGGAGCUGCUUAACUGUAACUCGUUUGCUACGCGUACUUUUGCCUCAUUGCCGUUUACAACAUCCUGUGCGCACAGUACUUGCAUGUGUAUCGAAAGGCAUCGACAUGGAAUAGACCUGAAGAGGAUACAUGUCUGUUGGCUGUUGCAA